GACUGUACAGCUCAUUUUUUAAUUUUAAAGUAAAUACUAUUAAAAUUUUUUCAUCAGACUUUUAGAGAAUUUACGUACAAUGAAAAUGAAUUUUAAAUUGAGUGUUAUACUUUCUAAUUCAAGUCAAAGAAUAAUUUUGAGAUCUAAAUCAAGUUUUGUACCAAAACACGCACCUGUUCAAUUAUCAGAUGCAAAAACUCUUGAACGUUUUAUUCAAGAACACAAAAAAAUCCUUGUAUUAACUGGUGCAGGUAUAUCAACUGAAAGUGGAAUACCUGAUUAUCGAUCUGCUGAUGUUGGAUUAUAUGCAAGAAGUAAAAAUCGUCCAGUAAUAUACCAACAAUUUAUUAGUAAACCCGAAAUUCGUUUGCGUUAUUGGGCUAGAAACUAUAUAGGAUGGCCAAGAUUUUCAUCAAUGUUACCUAAUUAUGCACAUACAUUUUUGAAAAAAUUAGAAGAUAAAAAUAAACUUGUUCACAUUAUUACUCAGAAUGUUGACAACUUGCAUACUAAAGCUGGAAGUAAAAAUGUUCUUGAAUUACAUGGAACUGCUUAUAUUGUACACUGUUUAGAAUGUGAUUAUUCAACUCAUAGACAUCAAUUUCAAUAUAUUUUAUCCAACUUAAAUCCUCAAGUGACUAUCUCAAAAUUGUUUAGUGUUCGACCCGAUGGUGAUGUUGAAUUAACUCCAGAACAAAUUGGUGGAUUCAAUAUACCUAAAUGUCCAAAGUGUAAAGGAAACUUAUUAAUACCUUAUAUUGUAUUUUUUGGAGAUAACAUUCCAAAAAACCGUGUCCAGAAGGUAAAUAGUUUUGUGGAAGAUUGUGAUUCACUUCUAGUUAUGGGGUCUUCUUUAUUUGUAUACUCAGGUUAUAGAAUAGUAUUAGAAACCAAAUCUUUAAAUAAACCUGUAGCUAUAGUAAAUAUAGGACCAACCAGAGCUGAUGAUUGCGUAGAUAUAAAAAUUGAAGCAAAAUUUGGUGACAUUUUACCAUUAAUACAUUUUUAAUUUAA